GGCCGAAGCGACGGCCGCAGCGCGCCGGCGGCGCGAGUCUCGGACUGGGAGGAGAGUAGCCGCGGCGCCUCCCCGGCAAAGUGGUCACUGCACCGGCCUGACAGAGCUCACGAAGCGUUCGGACAAUGCUUUUUGUGACUCUUGUGAUUGUCCCGAAAAGCCCAGAAGACUCGAUGAUCCUUGGAACAACAGAAAUGGCCAACCAAGAAGCAGCAGAGAUACAAAUUUCAGAGUUAGACUUACUGUCUAGCAUGUUUCCUUAUGAGGAAGAGUUUGCCAUCACAGACCAGCUGGCUCUAGCGGAACUGAAACACUAUGUUGAAAAUGAGUCUGCAGAGGUGCCGUCUUCAAAAGUUCAGUUUAUACUGAACGUAAAGACAGAGGUGCCUAGUGCCUCUAUGGUGGAAUUCUCUAUGGCCUGUGCUUUACCAUUUAAAUAUCCGACUGUUCUCCCAGAAAUUACUGUGAGGUCAUCAUUAUUAAGCCGCUCUCAGCAGAUUCUCCUGAACUCUGAUCUAAAAACAUAUUUGAUGCAAAACUUCAGCGGCGAGCCCUGCAUGCUGAGUGCGAGGGAAUGGGUUAAAGACCACGCAGCUGCUUACAUUGACAAAGAGCUUUCAUCCUUCCCAAGGACAGCCUCAGAUGCCACACAGUCAGAAGUCACCAUGUUCACUCGAUUGUGGAUCUACAGUCAUCACAUUUACAACAAGCAAAAAAGAAAGAAUAUUAUUGACUGGGCCAAGGAGCUCUCUCUGUCAGGGUUUUGCAUGCCAGGGAAGCCAGGUGUUGUUUGUGUAGAAGGUUUACAAAGUAGUUGUGAAGAGUUCUGGUCAAGGAUAAGAAGAUUAACGUGGAAAAGAAUCCUUAUUCGGCACAGAGAAGAUGUUUCUUUGGAAGGUGGAGGACAUGCUGAGAUCCAGAAGCAACGAAAGUUCCCCACUUUGGAAGAAAAAUGUUUUGAUGCACAUGGUGCCAGGGGAAAUCACAUGGACUUGGGGCAACUAUAUCAUUUUUUGGAAGAAAAAGGAUGUGCUGACAUAUUUCAAAUGUACUUUGGGGUUGAAGGGCAUUGAAGGGGUUGAAAAUCAGCAUAGGUGCCAGCAGCUACAUUUCUAAUUUAAUCUAAUUUAAACCCUCUUAACAGAUUGCUUAGCUUUUCUGCAACAGUUGAUCAGAGAGGGAAUUAAUAAUUCAUGAUUCAUGUGAUGAAUCCAGUUUUCAAUGUAAACAAAUACCCAGUGAAAUCCUGAAUAAUGAAAAUGACUAUAUGAAUGCUUUAUGCACUUUCUGGUGUUAAGGAGAUUUAGGGUACGUACCUACUUAAAAUGAAAGAAAAUGUGUUUGAUAACCAGUUACAGAACUGUAGAUGGAUGAACAGAUGGAAUAUGGUGAAUGAAUAUACAAAUAAGAAAAGACAUGCAUCUCAGGAGCGAGACCAUAAUGUUUACAUUAAGUGUUACUGUUUACAUACACUUCAUGAAAACUUUUUUUUAAACAAUCUUCUACUUUUUACCUGAAAGUUUAGUAAGCCAUGAGAGAAUUAUUUUAUUUAAAAAAGAACAAAGGGAGGGAGCAAGUUUACAAGAGUCUUACUCAUGCUAUCAGGAUGAGCUAGGAUGCCAGCUCCAAGGCAUAAGAAUUUUCUCUAAGUGUGUGUGCAGGUAAGAUAGAUCCCAUGGUGGCUCCUACAUCUGUCAUUUUGGUUUGUGUAAAAGCAGAAUUGUACCAAGGAUCAGGUUCCCUUAUAGCAUGCUCCAAAACUCUGAAUGGAUCCUCAACCUUCUGAGUUCUCAAGUUUUCAGUCUGUAAUAUGAAGUGCAUUAUGUUGUGUGUGUUUUUGAGUGGGAUUUCAAUUAAGUUGUAUCAAUGAAUGCUAAUUUUGCAGAUACUGUAUCUAAAUCCUGUGGUAGAAAAAGCAGACAUUCGUUUGUUUGGAUUAAAUAUUUUUAUUAAUUGUGAAAAA